CUCCCCCCCCUCUUCCCCCUCCCCGACCCUCCCUCCCUGCUCCCCCGCCGCUCUCCCAGAGCCGCCGCGGUCGCUCUCCCGCCGCUGCUGCGCGCGCCUUGCCCGCGCGCCCGCUCGGCAGCGUCUCCGCUCUCCUCGGCUACCCCAUGAAGCGAUGGCAGCGGCCAACUUCGGCAAGAUCCAGAUUGGGAUCUACGUGGAGAUCAAACGCAGCGAUGGCCGAAUUCAUCAAGCUAUGGUAACAUCCCUGAAUGAAGAUAAUGAAAGUGUAACUGUUGAGUGGAUUGAAAAUGGGGAUACUAAGGGCAAAGAGAUUGACUUGGAGAGCAUAUUUUCACUUAAUCCAGAUCUUGCACCUGAUGAAGAUAUUGAACCUAACACAGAGACACAGCCUCUACCUGCUCCAUCAGCCAAAGUAAACAAAAUAGUUAAGGGUCGACGGACUGUGGCACCUGUUAAGAAUGAUGCUCCUGCCAGAGAUAAUAGAGUGGCUGGUUCUGCACGUGCACGGCCCACUCAGCUUCCUGAACAGUCAUCUUCCUCACAACAGAAUGGUACUGUUUCAGAUAUAUCUCCAGUUCAAGCUGCAAAAAAGGAAUUUGGACCCCCUUCACGUAGAAAAUCUAACUGUGUGAAGGAGGUUGAAAAAUUGCAAGAGAAACGUGAAAAAAGAAGGCUACAGCAGCAGGAACUUAGAGAAAAAAGAGCUCAGGAUGUUGAUGCUACAAACCCCAACUAUGAAAUUAUGUGUAUGAUAAGAGAUUUCCGGGGGAAUUUGGAUUAUAGACCACUGACAACUGCUGAUCCUAUUGAUGAGCACAGGAUAUGUGUUUGUGUGCGAAAACGACCACUCAACAGAAAAGAAACUUUAAUGAAAGACCUUGAUGUAAUAACAAUUCCUAGCAAAGACGUUGUGAUGGUACACGAGCCAAAACAAAAGGUGGAUUUAACAAGGUACCUAGAAAACCAAACUUUCCGUUUUGAUUAUGCCUUUGAUGAAACGGCUCCGAAUGAAAUGGUUUACAGGUUUACAGCUCGACCAUUAGUAGAGACCAUAUUUGAAAGGGGAAUGGCCACUUGUUUUGCAUAUGGGCAAACAGGCAGUGGAAAAACCCAUACUAUGGGUGGUGACUUUUCAGGAAAGAACCAAGAUUGUUCAAAAGGAAUAUAUGCACUUGCAGCUCGAGACGUCUUUUUAAUGCUAAAGAAACCAAACUAUAAGAAGCUAGAACUUCAAGUAUAUGCAACAUUUUUUGAGAUCUACAGUGGUAAGGUUUUUGACUUGUUGAACAGGAAGACAAAAUUAAGAGUGUUAGAAGAUGGUAAACAGCAAGUCCAGGUGGUGGGAUUACAGGAACGAGAAGUCAAAUGUGUUGAAGAUGUUCUUAAGCUUAUUGAAAUAGGCAACAGCUGCAGGACAUCUGGUCAGACAUCUGCAAAUGCACACUCAUCUCGAAGCCAUGCAGUGUUUCAGAUCAUUCUCCGAAGGAAAGGGAAAUUGCAUGGUAAAUUUUCUUUGAUAGAUUUGGCUGGAAAUGAAAGAGGAGCUGAUACUUCCAGUGCAGACAGACAGACGCGGCUGGAAGGAGCUGAAAUUAACAAGAGCCUUUUAGCACUCAAGGAGUGCAUUAGAGCCUUAGGCCGAAAUAAACCUCAUACGCCAUUCAGAGCAAGUAAACUUACUCAGGUGCUAAGAGAUUCGUUCAUUGGAGAAAACUCCCGUACCUGUAUGAUCGCUACAAUUUCUCCAGGGAUGGCAUCAUGUGAAAACACUCUUAAUACUUUGAGAUACGCAAAUAGAGUAAAGGAAUUUGGAAUUAGUCCUUCGGACAUUCCCUUCUCACAGGGUAGUGGCAGUCGCUCUGAUCUCUCUCCUUCCUAUGAGUAUGACGACUUUUCUCCUUCAAUCACCAGGGUGAAAGAGCUAACCAUUGAUCCAAGUGCUGCAGGGGAUAUCCGUCCCAUUAUACACCAUGCUCCCAGUCAGAUUGAUGACUUGGACACACAGUGGGGAGUGGGGAGCUCUCCUCAGAGAGAUGAUCUUAAACUGCUUUGUGAACAAAAUGAAGAGGAAGUUUCUCCACAGUUGUUUACUUUCCAUGAAGCUGUGUCACAAAUGGUGGAAAUGGAAGAGCAAGUAGUAGAAGACCACAGGACUGUCUUCCAGGAAUCUAUUAGAUGGCUGGAAGAUGAAAAAGCACUUCUUGAGAUGACGGAAGAAGUGGACUAUGAUGUGGAUUCUUACGCUACCCAACUUGAAGCAAUUCUGGAUCAAAAGAUUGAUAUUCUGACUGAACUUAGAGAUAAAGUGAAAUCUUUCCGAGCAGCUCUCCAAGAGGAGGAACAGGCCAGUAAACAGAUCAACCCAAAAAGACCACGUGCCGUUUGAAAGAGGCCUUUGCUGCUGAAGGAACCCACGAACCCAUACUGCUGUAGCACACAUUUGUUACAAAACCCAGUGGCCCUAAGAACUCAACUACUUGAAAGUGUAAAAGCGUUAGAAAUGUCUGUGGAAAUGUCCUGUUUCUUAUUCACCUGAGUGACAUUUUCGAUUUUGUGUGAAAUGCUCCUAUGAUGUCUACAAAAUGCUUCUAGACCAGACAGCACAACCAUGCAGGGUUUAGAUCUGUGAAGCACUUUGUUUAAAAUAUUUCAUUUAUUCAAAUUGUGAAUUUUAUGUUGGGAAAUAUUUGCCAUGUUUUUAACAAUGAAGUAAAACUGUGGCUAUUAAAAAAUCACAGUAUUUCCAUAUUACUAUGUUCGGGUUUGUUACAGAGAUCAGCUGUGUAGUUUUAAAUUGUGUUUGCUUGCAUGCUCACCUCACUAGUGGUUGUACAUAACUUCUCUUCUGCAGAUAGCUGUGCUUACCACUUCCUGUUCUGUGCCUUGAUGAAGGCUCCUUAACCCUAAACAUCCCCCUUCUGAAGCACAGCUUUAAGCAACAUUCCUUAUUUUGUCAAUAUAAAUUGCUUUUAGUGUAUGUACAUUUUUAAUGUCUUUUGAAACUUUUUUUUGGUGAGUAGUUCAUUCAUUUCACAGAAUGUGCCAUAUCAUUUGAACAGGAACUGUAAGAGCUGUUAGAGUGGACGAACAGCUGGACAUUCCAUCCUCCUUGUAAAAAUAUGGAUUCUAGAUUUAUCCGAAAACCAUGAAGAAUGGUUAUAUAACACUUUUCUCAGUUAAAAAAAAAAAAAGAAAAAAAGAAAAAAAAAGAAAAAAAAUAUAAAUUAGUU